AUGACCUCCACUCCCGGCACCACGCAAAAGUCGGUCCCGCUCACAUGUUCCGGGCACACGCGGCCCGUCGUGCACCUCGAGUUCUCGGACCUGCAGGACGACGGCACCUACUCGCUCCUAUCCUCGUGCAAGGACGGUAACCCCAUGCUGCGCGAUUGGCUCGGCGAUUGGGUCGGCACCUUUCUCGGGCACAAGGGAGCUGUGUGGUCGUCCAAGCUCUCCGGUGGCGAGGCGAGUAUCGCCGUCACCGGGUCUGCUGAUUUCUCUGCUAAAGUGUGGGAUACGUUUACGGGGGAUUGUCUUCACACGUUCCCGCAUAACCACAUCGUCAAGACGGUGGCGAUCGACCAGAGGGGUGAGAGAGUGUUGACGGGGGGACACGAGAGGAAACUCCGGUUGUUCGAUUUGAAACGACCUGAUGUCGAGGCGAGACUUUUCGGUGAUGGCGGGGUUGCGCACGAGGGGGUGGUCAAGAGUUGUGUUUGGCACCGAGGGGAGGAAGAAGGAUUGGUUGUGAGUGCAGGCGAGGACAAAGUGAUCCGAUGGUGGGACACGCGCUCCUCCACCGCGAUCGACAGUAUGACCUUUACCGAACCCAUCACGUCGAUGGAACGUUCUUCCACGAAAUCCUUCGGCGAACUCCUCACCAUCACCACGGGCAAAACCGUGCUCUUCAUCAACCCCUCCACCCGCGAAACGAUCAAAUCCCACACCCUGGCCAUCCCCAUCAGCUCGGCAAACCUCCACCCUACCUUGGCAGACCGUUUCGUAGCAGGGAGCAGCGCAGAUGGGUGGGUUCGCAUCUUCGAUUUCACCAGUGGCGAGGAGAGAGAGCUCAAUAAGGGCCAUCACGGUCCUGCUCACGCGGUCAGCUAUAGCCCGGACGGUGAGAUGGCGGCGAGCGGGAGCGAGGAUGGUACGAUCAGGUUGUGGCAGACUUGGCCCGGUAGGAAGUACGGGUUGUGGACGUAA